UGGAGCUGCCGUUGCCGGCGACUCCGGCCACCGGGAAGAGCUUACCAGGGCCACCACCGGUGCCACCAGGGCCACCACCACCACCUCCACCACCACCACCACCACCACCGGCGGCGGCGGCGGCGGGAGGGCCACCGGGGGGGCCGCAAGGGCCACCGGGGACGGUGCCCGUUCACAUCACCCUUCGCUUUCACCUGCCCAAGGAGAGCGAGGCCGAACCCCCCUCGGCCGCCGGGCAGCGCCCCACGAAGCGGAAGGUGGAGGUGGUGUCCCCCGCGACCCCCGUCCCCGCCGCCACCGACACCUCCCCGGCCUCCGUCUUCCCCCAGCAGAAUGGUUCGGCUCGGAGAGCGGCGGCCGCGCAGCCCGGGAGGAAGAGGAAGUCGGCGUGUCUGGGGACCGACGAGGACUCUCAGGACUCGUCGGACGGAGCCCCGUCGGCGCCGCGGAUGACGGGCAGUUUGGUUUCGGACCGGAGUCACGACGAUAUCGUGACGCGGAUGAAAAACAUCGAAUGCAUCGAACUGGGGCGGCACCGCCUCAAACCGUGGUACUUCUCCCCAUACCCCCAGGAGCUGACGGCGCUGCCCGUCCUCUACCUCUGCGAGUUCUGCCUCAAGUACGGCCACAGCCUGCGCUGCCUCCAGCGCCACCUGACCAAAUGCGAUUUGCGCCACCCCCCCGGCAAUGAGAUCUAUCGCAAAGGCACCAUCUCCUUCUUCGAGAUAGACGGUCGCAAGAACAAAAGUUAUUCGCAGAACCUUUGCCUCUUGGCGAAGUGUUUUUUGGAUCAUAAAACGUUGUAUUAUGACACCGAUCCUUUUCUUUUCUACGUUAUGACCGAGUACGACUGUAAAGGCUUCCACAUCGUCGGCUAUUUCUCCAAGGAGAAGGAAUCGACGGAGGACUACAACGUGGCGUGCAUCCUCACCCUUCCCCCCUACCAGCGCCGCGGCUACGGGAAACUCCUCAUCGAGUUCAGCUAUGAGCUGUCGAAGGUGGAGGGGAAGACGGGGACCCCCGAAAAGCCGCUGUCGGAUUUGGGGCUCCUCUCGUACCGCAGUUAUUGGUCCCAAACCAUCCUGGAGAUCCUCAUGGGGCUGAAAGCCGAGGGCGGGGAGAGGCCCCAGAUCACCAUCAAUGAGAUCAGCGAGAUCACCAGUAUCAAGAAGGAAGACGUUAUCUCCACUCUGCAGUACCUCAAUCUCAUCAACUACUAUAAGGGGCAGUACAUCCUGACCCUCUCGGAGGACAUCGUGGAGGGCCACGAGCGGGCGAUGCUGAAGCGCGUCCUGCGCAUCGACGCCAAAUGCCUCCACUUCACCCCCAAAGACUGGAGCAAGAGGGGCAAGUGGUGACCCCAAUAAACACAGCCCCGCGCGCCGCCCCGCGCUCUU